CCUGUUACCCUGGCCUGUGCUAGUGUUAGGCUUUGGACAUUCAUUGUUCAAAAAUAAAAAUCCCAAACACCCAACAAUUUACAAAGAAUCAACCUUCGUUUUCCCAAGUUCCAACCCCUACGAUGAAGAUAAGAUUCCUUGCUUUGUUCCUACUCAUUUUAGGUAUUCAAGCAAUAUCAACCUCAGAGUUCAAUAACAACUUCACUUCAGAAGGUAAUAGCACUGGCCAACCACACAAACUUCUUGUGAUAGGUAAAUUAUAUGGAAACAUAGAAGGCUCAAUCACGUUGAAAGACAAAGUUGAGGAAACUAAAAAAGGGUACAAAGAAGAAGGACUUAAUAUUUCAAGAAAAGCACAAGGUGGAAGCUCAGGUGGCGGAGGAAAGAAAGGAAGGUCAGGUGGGGGUGGUAGUGCAGAUGUGAAUCGCCGGCCACGUCGAAGUUCUGCUCCAUCAGAGCCUCAUUUUUGGAUCUCAAGAUUUAAUAAUCUAUGUGUAAGCUUGGCUUUAGUCAUCUUCUUUCCCUUCCACCAGCUCUGAUGCAAUGUAAUCCAUGAGGCAAAAGCAUCACCGUGUGUUAUACAGUCUUGACUAAUUUUUAUGUGACAUGCAGUUGUGUUAAAUAACAUUUCACGAAUCACUAGUAGCGGUGAGAUUGAAGUAAUAUGUACGAAUUUAGUGUGAAAAUUAGUUGCCUUAUUGAGAACGUGAUUGCUUGUAGAUCAGUUUGUGUCCUCCCUUUGAAUGAUCAUGUCAUAUGUUGUCAUCCAUCAUGUCAUUUAAUAAAAAUGUAAUAUGAAUGAAUGUUUGAAU